AUGAGUGGUUUACCUAAAACUAGUGGUCUAAGUACAAGUGGAUUGGAUAGUGCUUCCGUAAUUUGUUCGGAAGCCCUAUGUAAUGCUUUCGUGACUAACUCUUCUAAAUCUUUCAUUCGAAGCAUAGGUGAAAAAGUUUCUAGUGAAAAUUGUGAUAAAGCAAGAAUGUUUGCAGCAACAAGAAGAAGGAUGACUCCAAUGGUACAUCAUAUGAGAGCAAUGAAUGGUGGAGGCAGGACACGGGUGUCAGUGGUAGAUGAAACUAUUAUCUUUGAUUCCAUUCAUCUUGAAGAAAAUAUCACCGUUGAUGUGAACCAUGUGAGUCAAGAUCAUCAUCAAAGUAUUACUACCCAACUUGUCCCACUUGUGAGUCAAGAUCAUCAUCAAAAUAUUACUACCCAACAUGUCACACUUGAUAAUGAAUCAACAAAAACAGAGGAGGAUUCUAUGUGUAGCAUAUGUCUUGGAGAGUUAUCGUCAUCAAAUGCUUCUAAACCAAUUUGGGAGUCUCAAUCUUGCUCUCAUCUAUUUCACCAACAUUGCAUCAAUACAUGGCUCAAUAUUAGCAACACAUGUCCUUUAUGUCGCACAACUUUUUAG